CCCAGCGCCUGCCGCCGCGAGGGUAAUAACGCGCGAGGCUGCUACGAGAGCAGGCAAAAAAGCCCAAAGCCCGUCGAGGGAGAAGCCACGGGACGCGUGAGACGCGCGAGGCAGCUGUCGCCGCUGCCGCGAGCAGCGGACGCAAGUGGGGCAGCUAGGCCAAGCAGAGCUAAGCGCCCGGCAGACGCCGCCCACCGCACCGCCGCCGGCGCCGAGGCCUCGUAAGCAUGCCCAAGAAGGGCAAAAAAGGCAAGGGCGGCGCCGACGCCGACGCCAUCGUGACGACGCGGGCCAUGCUCGUGGAACGGGAGCGCUGCAUGUGUCCGAGAUUAGGCGACGCCAUCGAGCGGCGCGAACGCGCGAACGAGAUCAAGAGGGAGUGCGUGCAAGCGCGCAUCAAGAAGGUCGGCGAAUUUAAAAGAGAUUACCUGGACAUGAGCGCGUCGGGCCUUGGGUUCGUGCCCGACGAGGUGCCUCGGUCGCCCUCACUAACUCGAUUGGUCCGCGUCGAUUUAUCGCGGAACCAGCUGUUCUCGUCGGACCACGUCUUCCAGUCCCUAGAACACAUUACAUCUCUCAAGAUCUUGAACUUGGCGCAUAAUUUCUUAAAUGGACCCUUGACGGGCCGAGCGACCGACGUCACGUCAUUGGAGGAGUUGUAUCUGGACCAUAAUCAGCUCACGGCAUUACCGUCGGACAUCGGCAACUGGACUUCCAUAAGAACGCUAUCUGUGUCGAAGAAUGAACUGACGGAGGUACCGUCGUCGUGUAGCGCGUGGAAGCAGAUCGAGACGCUGAACUUGCGAUACAACAAGCUCACAGCUCUACCAACUGGUGCAUUAACAGAGUGGGCCUCGUGCAAGCAUUUAUACGCGGGUGCCAAUGCAAUCACGGAGGUCCCCGAGACCAUCUCGUCGUUAACAGCGCUGGAGAUGCUCGAUUUGCGGAAGAACCAGUUAGAGCGAAUACCGGCACAAUUGUCAUCCUGUACGAAGCUCAAGUUGCUGAAUCUCGGAGAUAACAAGAUUGGGGACAUACCCGCGGAUAUCCUGGCGAAGUGUGUCGAGCUGGAGGAGUUACAUUUAUAUAAAAAUAAAUUGGAGGCCAUACCGGACGAGAUCGGUAAUUGCAUCAAACUUAAGAACCUCACACUCAGCUCAAAUAACGUAAAAACGUUACCAGAGACCAUUUCGCAGUGUUUAUCAUUAGAAGAGCUCUACAUAACAAACAACCCCAAGUUCUCGGCCGUCCCCGCGUCCAUGGGCGACCUCGUGAACCUGAAGGAGAUCGAAGCGAGGAAAUGCGCGGGCCUGAAGAGUCUGCCUGCUACAGCUAUUAAUUGGAUCAACAUGAAGGAACUUGAUCUAAGAUGCGGCAAGCCCCUCUACAAGGGCAAGGAGAAGUGCAAGGUGCCCCCCGAGAUGCUGGAAGAGACCUGGGAGGGCUUCGGGAAAUGCAUCAUUCGGGGAGGGGUCCAGAAGAAGGCGAAAGCGAAGAAGGGGAAGAAGUAA